CUCUUUUUACCCAAAUAUCUAAUGGAAAAAUAAAUCAAGGUUCAAGAUCUGACUUUGCUGCCCAGCUGGCAGGCUUUAUGGCAUCUCUUGUGACUGAUGUACCUAGCCAGGCGCCUUGGAUUGUUGAAUUGACAAACUACGACUUUAGUGGGGCCGCAGGUCAUCUAGUUGCUUCAGUACCUGGAAUUCAUUCUUACAGAACUCCCCAUGAACCAGGAUCUAUGCACUCUAUACCUACUUAUUGUUUCUCAUGGGCGUGUGAUGCUAAGUUUCUGGGUUUGGUUGAAGCAUCUAUAGUUGGUUUGAGCCAUUUUUUUCGCACUGCAAGAGACUCAAAUGGCGCACAGCUCAAGAAGCUGGCUUCUUUUCUUGGUAAAUCUUGUGAGAAUGGAUCCGGAAUGUUGGAGGUUGUUUUGAGAAGGAAUACCAAUGUGCCAGCUGAUCUAAAUGCUGUGAGCAUUUUUGUUCCUAACCCUGAUGAAUCCAGGGAGGCAG